GCAGUGAAAUGUUAGUUACGGGAGAGUUAGUGAAGAAUAUAGUUUGAAGAGACUGAAAAAAAAAAUUGUGUAAUAAUGUUUGCCCCUAAAGUGUUGUCAGUCCUUAAAAAUUCCAAUAUUGGUCAUCUACCAAAGGCCCUUGUAUGUAUGAAUGCAAGGCAUUCAGUGGGGAAUUUGGAUGGAAAACGAUUCUAUUCAUCAGAUACAACACCCAAAGACAUAUGCUCUGGUUUUAUGGAUACAACAAUGUACGAUAUUAUGCCUACAGCCAAAGCAGCAGUUGAUCCUCUAAAACGAAACUUUAUGAUUAAAGAAGACGAAAUCACCCCAGAUAUGCUGUUCUCAAAUGAAAAGAGGGAACAAUUCAUGUCUUAUUUUCCCGAAAUAGUUCAACAGCUGGAAGAGAGAGCUUCUACAUUAGAUGAUAUUGAAAAUGGAAGACAUGUUCGUGAGUUUUUGGAAUAUAUCAUUCCUGGUGGAACAAAAUACGCUGGAAUUGUAACAGUUGAAACAUACAAAAUGCUUCUACCAAAAGAACAGCACACUCCGGAAAAUAUCAAACUUGGUUAUUAUCUCGGAUGGUGUGUUGAAUUCCUCGUUGAACACGUCGUUUUGAUUGACGACUUGAUGGAUGAGGGGACAAUUAGGAGAAACAAAAGGUGUUGGUACCUCUUGGAGAAGAAUCACAAUGGUGCCCCCAAUGAUGGUUGCAUUUUGGAAUCGGGAAUGUACUAUUUUCUGCGAAAGAACUUGGGUCAUUUGAAAUGCUUCCCACAACUUGUGCAAUAUUUAUGUGAAGCUGGCUACAGUUGCUACUAUGGUCAAUAUAUCGAUAAGAAGUACUCAAAUGAUCCCUUUAACACAUCGCCGAAAUUGUAUAAAACUAUUGUGCAAAAUGCUUCAACGUACAUUGUUAGCUACGUACCAGUUCUCUUGGCAAUGACUCUGGCUGGUUACACUGAUAUUGAGAAAUUCAAUAAUGCCAAAUCAAUCAUGAGUCAAUUGGGAUUCUACUACCUAAUUGAGAAUGACUAUAUGGACAUCUUUUCUGAUAUUAGUUUGAAGAAGAAGGAUGGUCGGGAUGCCCAAACAGGACGGACACGUUGGCCAAUUGUUGUUUUCAUGGAGAGAGCUAAUCAGGAGCAAAAGCUAAGGAUGAAGGAGCACUAUGGCAAGGAUACCGUAGAAGAUGUGGCUGAAGUUAAGAAAUUAAUGGAAGAAAUUCAUAUUCAUGAUAUCUACCAUGACUACAUGGCUGGCUUGUACUACAAACUAAUGCAGGAUAUUGAAGAAAAUUCUUACGGUGAAUUGAAGGAAGUUUACCUGAAGUUGAUUAAUACUAUGACCUGUUCAUUGGAUGCUGGUGGAGUAUUCCCUUAAAUUCCUAAAUGGAUAAAUUUAUACAAAAUUCAUAAUCAAUCCAUAGUCAAUCGAAAGAUUUAGCUUGGUUGAACGAACAUCAGUGCAAAAAUAAUUUUGUCACUUCAUUAUGCAGUAGUCAAAAAAGUAUAGUAAAGUUUUUUUUCCAAAUAUCAAUAUAUUUCCGUUUUUAUUUGUUAAUCAUUGUAAAUUCCAAAUUUGUAAAAAAAAAAACUUGAACAAAUAAAGAUAUUGGGCAAA